UUUAACUUUCAUUCCAUACAGAGCAAAAGUGUUAACUAGACAUAGGCCUAACUAUUCUAAAUUCUUUGUAUUCAUUGUAAGUGUGCGUGCAAGGAUGCGAACAAUAACGAGUUGCUUUUUGCGCAAGCUACUCUCGCCUAUGCAAUCGUUUCGGUUGCAAGGACUGUCGCUCCGCCACAUCAGCACCACUGUGCGCGAACACGACCAAAUGCUGCUGAUCAAGGAGCAUCCGCAGCAAUCGGCGAAAGCGAUGCAAUUUCCAGGCAUUUGGCUACGCGAUAACUGCCAGUGUGAGCAGUGUUUUCAUCGGGAAUCAUUGAGCCGCAAACCGAAUAGUUGGACGAACUUCGAUACGAAAGUGAAAGUGCAAAAUGUUACGGUGGAUGAGUCACGACAAGCUGUAAAUAUAGUUUGGUCCGAUCGGCACCGUUCAACAUUUUCAUUGAGUUGGUUAAAGGAACGCGAUUUCUCGUCCGAAGCACGUGAGCGAUAUAUGAAUGAAUGGUAUCGGCCACAAGCGAAGCAUUGGGGUAAGGCUGAUUUUGAUAAGAUAUUGAAAAAGUUUGAUUACUGGGACGUCAUGCGCAGUGGCCCGGUUCUCUUGGAGUGGCUGGAGGCUUUAACAAUUCAUGGGGUUGCGAUGCUCAAAAACUCACCGCUGGAUGUUGGCGCUGUAAAAUCAUUAGCCAAACGCAUUGGAUUCAUGCGCAAAACCAAUUACGGAGCGGAAUUCAGCAUACGCUUUCGACCAGAUGCAAAGAAUUACCUGCACAUGUCCGAGACGCUGCCGCUGCACACCGACUUGCCCUACUAUGAGUAUAAACCCAGUAUCACCAUCCUACACACACUUGAGCAAACGCGCUCGCUAGGAGGCUGGAGUACGCUUGUGGAUGGUUUCAAUAUCGCCGAUCAGUUGCGCGUCAAUCAGCCGCAACACUUCAAAACCCUCACAGAGACUUCUGUCAAUUGGUGUGGCAUUGGUGAGAAUGCCGCUAAGGCUUUUCAUAAUGUGUGGCGUGCGCCAGUCAUUAACCUAGAUGAGAACGGCAAGUAUGCGCGCAUCAAUCAUAGUGUGCCCCGACGUGACAGCCACUUCAGCAUCGAUGUCGAUAAGGUGGCGCCCUGGUAUGAGGCUAAUGCCAUAUUUGUACGCAUGGCUUACGAGCAGGAGGUCACCUUUAAAACGGAGCCGGGUGACGUUUUGUCUUUCAACAACCUACGCAUGUUGCACGGCCGCACAGGCUAUGAUGAUAGCGAACACAAUAUACGGCACAUUCUUGGUUUCUUUGUUGACUGGGAUAUCGUUUAUUCGAAGAUGCGUGUAUUGAAGCGACGGCUUCACCAAGAGGAGCAGAAGACAUAGCGAUGCCCGCGGGAAAGAAGCGAUAAAUGUGAUGCCAAUUGGACUGGUUUACUUUAGCAUUAAGUUUCUGUGGUAUUUUAGUGAGUGAGAAAUAAAUUUGUAACAAAAUUAAUAAAUAAAAUUACUUUUAGAGUCUCCGUUAUUCUCUUGCA